AUGGCUCGUUUUGAAGACGAGGCGUCCAGCCGCUUCAGAGGCAGCGGGCCCCCGGGACCGGCCAGAGGGGCCAACCGGCAGCCGGGGCCUCCAGGGGGGCAGAGGAUGUACAAACAGACCAUGGCCCAGAGAGCCAGGACCAUGGCUAUUUACAACCCCAUUCCAGUCAAACAGAACUGCCUCACCGUUAACCGCUCCCUGUUUAUCUUCAGCGAGGAUAAUAUUAUCCGGAAAUAUGCCAAAAAGAUCACCGAAUGGCCUCCGUUUGAGUACAUGAUCCUGGCUACCAUCAUAGCAAACUGCAUUGUGCUGGCCUUGGAGCAACACCUGCCAGCUUCGGACAAAACCCCAUUAUCAGAACGUUUGGACGACACAGAGCCCUACUUUAUUGGAAUAUUUUGCUUUGAGACAGGCAUCAAAAUCAUCGCCCUGGGCUUUGCAUUUCAUAAAGGCUCCUACCUACGUAAUGGCUGGAAUGUAAUGGACUUUGUGGUGGUCCUAACAGGGAUCCUGGCCACUGUAGGGGCUGAUUUUGAUCUGAGGACACUGAGAGCAGUAAGAGUCUUGCGGCCCCUCAAACUUGUCUCUGGCAUUCCAAGUCUUCAAGUGGUGUUGAAGUCCAUAAUGAAAGCGAUGGUACCACUGCUACAGAUUGGAAUGCUGCUUUUCUUCGCCAUCCUUAUGUUUGCCAUCAUCGGCCUGGACUUCUACAUUGGCAAAUUUCAUCGAACAUGCUUUAGGAUUGACACAAAGGAGCAGGUGGCAGAUUUCCCUUGUGGGCUUGAACCUCCAGCAAGGACCUGCGGCAACGGGACUGUCUGUGAAGAGUACUGGCUUGGACCUAACUUUGGGAUCACAAACUUUGACAACAUCCUUUUUGCCAUUCUCACUGUUUUCCAGUGUAUCACCAUGGAAGGAUGGGUGGACAUCCUCUACAAUGCCAAUGAUGCCUCAGGGUACAUGUGGAACUGGCUGUACUUCAUCCCGCUCAUCAUCAUUGGAUCCUUCUUCAUGCUCAACCUGGUGUUGGGUGUACUCUCGGGAGAGUUUGCAAAGGAAAGGGAGCGUGUGGAGAAGAGGCAAGAGUUCCUGAAGCUUCGCCGACAGCAGCAGAUUGAGAGAGAGUUAACUGGUUAUUUGGAGUGGAUCUGUAAAGCAGAGGAGGUGAUGCUGGCUGAGGAGGACAAGAACGCAGAAGAGAAAUCUCUGGAUGGAGCAUGGUACAAACGGAAACACAAUCCCAACUCUGUUCUGAAAAGGACAAAGAAGAGUAAGAAUGACCUCAUCAAUGCAGAGGAAGGAGAGGACCAUUUCACUGACAUUUCAUCUGUUGGGUCGCCGUUUGCGCGAACUAGUGUAAAGAGCAAGAAUGAUAGCUCGUCUUACCUGAGGAGGAAAGAGAAGAGGAUUCGCUUCGCCAUCCGCCACCUGGUCAAAUCCCAGACGUUUUACUGGACUGUAUUAUGUCUUGUUGGCCUCAACACGCUGUGUGUAGCCAUAGUACACUACGACCAGCCUGAGUGGCUAACUUAUGCAUUAUACCUGGCUGAGUUUGUGUUUCUGGGCUUGUUCCUGGCUGAGAUGACCAUGAAAAUGUAUGGCCUCGGACCCCAGAACUAUUUCCACUCGUCUUUUAACUGUUUUGAUUUUGGGGUCAUUAUUGGGAGUAUUUUUGAGGUGGUCUGGGCUGCAAUCAAACCUGGUGCCUCAUUUGGGAUCAGCGUUCUGAGAGCACUAAGACUACUCCGGAUCUUCAAAGUCACCAAGUACUGGAACUCUUUGAGGAACCUGGUGGUGUCCCUGCUCAACUCUAUGAAGUCUAUCAUCAGUCUAUUGUUUCUGCUCUUCCUUUUCAUUGUGGUCUUCGCUCUGCUGGGCAUGCAGCUGUUUGGUGGACAGUUUAACUUUGAAGAUGAAACUCCAACAACCAACUUUGACACUUUCCCAGCAGCUAUUCUCACAGUGUUUCAGAUUCUAACUGGGGAGGACUGGAAUGCUGUGAUGUACCAUGGGAUAGAAUCUCAGGGUGGUGUGCAUGGAGGAAUGUUCUCCUCUAUUUAUUUCAUCAUCCUCACUCUCUUUGGAAACUACACACUCCUCAACGUGUUCUUGGCCAUCGCUGUUGAUAACCUUGCAAAUGCCCAGGAACUCACGAAGGAUGAAGAGGAGCAGGAGGAGGCCAUUAGCAAAAAGCUUGCUCUUCAGAAGGCUAAAGAGGUACAGGAAGUCAGCCCCAUGUUGGCUGCUAACAUUUCCAUCACAACGAGUUAUGUCUGCACCCCAGUCCAUCACUACCUGAGCAAGGAGCUGCAGAGGCCGGUGAAAACAAUGUCUGUCUGGGAGCAGAAAGCCAGCCAGCUAAGGAGGCACAAUCAGGCGAGCUGUGAAGCUUUGUAUGAUCCCGAGGAGUGUGUCCACCUCCCCUCAGGCCUCCACAUCCGGCCAGACACGAAGACCCACCUUGACCGGCCUCUGGUUGUCGGGCAUUCCGAUGGGCCGUUAGUGGGCGGCCACCAGCAUCACCAUCACAAUCCGUCCACACCAGAAGAAGCAGAGACUGUUACUGAUCCAUCUUCCGCUCCACCUCAUUCUCAUUACCCACACCGUCACCAUCGCCACAGAGACAGAGGUCGGGCAAAAGUGAAAGAAGAGCCAAAUGACAACGGUGACAAUGGCAAAAAUGGGAGGCAACACGUCCAUCACAGCCACUCCAAAAACCAUGAGUACAGCAGGAGACAAGAGGGGAAGACCGACAGGUCAUGCAGCAAAGAUGGGGGGGGGGAGUAUCACCAUCAUAGUUCAAUGGAUGACAGUGCAGGUGGGGGAGCCACAAGAGAGAAAGAGCAUCGGCAUCAUCAUUCACAUCGACGAUCCAGAGGGGGGAAUGGGACAGUGAACAGUGGAGAGAGAGGGGAGCGCAGACUCCACCACAAAUAUGGACGACCAUCUAAUAAGAAUGGGGAUAGGGAGAGCAAGAAGAGGAGACAUUACACUCAUGGGUCAAGGAGCCAGUCCAGGGCUGAAGGAGAGGAGUCCAACGAGAGAGAGGAGACCCAUACUAACAGGUUUGGCGACUCAGAGAGAGAAUCCUUGGUCAUUUCCCAGCAGCUGGGCUCUCUGGGAGCACCUGGUCAGCCAGAAGACUCGGACAACCAGAAGAAUGUCAGAAGAACAGGCCAGACCUCCAUCCACAUUCCCCCUGUGACUAUCACCUCACCUGGAGAGACCACUCUCAUACAAAUGAACAUUACUGAUAACGAAUCAAUACCCAUUAAUGAGAAGAACUUCAGGAAGGAUCAAUGUCACUCUGGACCCAGACCCAUCCUACCUUACAGUUCAAUGUUCAUCUUUGGACAGACCAACCCGGUGAGGCGGUUAUGUCACUACAUCGUGACCCUGCGGUAUUUUGAGAUGUCCAUCCUGGUUGUUAUCGCAAUGAGCAGCAUUGCUCUGGCAGCUGAGGACCCAGUCUGGACAAAUGCCCCUCGCAACAAUGUGCUCAAAUACCUGGACUAUGCCUUUACUGGGGUUUUCACGUUUGAAAUGGUGAUCAAAAUGGUGGAUCUUGGACUGAUUCUCCAUCCUGGAUCCUACUUCAGAGACCUGUGGAACAUUCUGGACUUCAUAGUGGUCAGUGGGGCACUGGUGGCAUUUGCAUUUUCGAGCUUCAUGGGAUCGCAGCAAGGUCCGACCAGGGGGACUAAAGGCAAAGACAUCAGCACCAUCAAGUCACUGAGGGUCCUCAGAGUUCUUAGGCCUCUCAAGACCAUCAAACGUCUGCCAAAACUCAAGGCCGUGUUUGACUGUGUGGUCAACUCUCUGAAGAAUGUGCUGAACAUCCUCAUUGUUUACAUCCUCUUCAUGUUCAUUUUUGCUGUUAUUGCGGUUCAGCUCUUCAAGGGAAAAUUCUUCUAUUGCACUGAUGAGUCCAAAGCCUUGGAGAAAGACUGCAAAGGACAAUUUCUCGACUAUGACAAAGACACAGUGGCAGCAAUGCCCAGAGAGUGGAAAAAAUAUGAAUUCCAUUAUGACAAUGUUCUGUGGGCCUUCCUUACUCUCUUUACAGUCUCAACCGGGGAGGGCUGGCCAACUGUUCUGAAGCACUCCGUUGAUGCCACCUUUGAAGACCAAGGUCCCAGCCCUGGCUACCGAAUAGAAAUGUCCAUUUUCUAUGUGGUCUACUUUGUGGUCUUUCCAUUUUUCUUUGUCAACAUCUUUGUUGCUCUAAUUAUCAUCACAUUUCAAGAGCAGGGAGACAAGGCUUUGUCUGAAUGCAGCUUGGAAAAGAAUGAGAGGGCUUGUAUUGACUUUGCCAUAAACGCCAAACCUUUGACACGCUACAUGCCAGAGGACACACAGUCCUUCCAGUACAGAAUGUGGAAGUUUGUUGUCUCAGCUCCAUUUGAGUACUCCAUUAUGAUCAUGAUUGCUCUCAACACUGUGGUACUCAUGAUGAAGUUUCAUGGAGCUCCAGAUGUUUAUGAAGCGAUGCUGAAGUACCUCAACAUAGUGUUCACCAUUCUUUUCUCUCUGGAGUGCGUCCUCAAGAUCAUUGCCUUUGGUCCCCUGAACUACCUAAAAGAUGCCUGGAACGUAUUUGACUUUGUGACAGUUUUGGGGAGCAUCACUGACAUCUUGGUGACUGAAAUCAAUACUACGGACAGGCUGCUGAAUCUGAGCUUCCUGAGGCUCUUUAGAGCCGCUCGGCUUAUUAAGCUGCUGAGGCAGGGCUACACCAUCCGCAUCCUGCUGUGGACCUUUGUCCAGUCUUUCAAGGCCCUGCCAUAUGUGUGCCUGCUUAUUGCCAUGCUGUUCUUCAUUUAUGCCAUCAUUGGGAUGCAGGUGUUUGGGAACAUUGAACUGAAUGAAGACACAGCUAUCAACCACCAUAACAACUUUCGCACUUUCCUCCAAGCUCUCAUGCUACUGUUCAGGAGUGCAACUGGAGAGGCCUGGCAUGAGAUCAUGUUGUCAUGUCUGAGUCAUCGAGCUUGUGAUGAGCGCUCAGGGACCAGUGGGAAAGAGUGUGGCAGUGAUUUUGCCUACUUCUACUUUGUCUCCUUUAUCUUCCUCUGCUCUUUCCUGAUGCUGAACCUCUUUGUGGCUGUCAUAAUGGAUAACUUUGAGUACCUCACCAGAGACUCCUCUAUCCUGGGGCCUCAUCAUCUUGAUGAAUUCAUUCGAGUUUGGGCCGAGUAUGACCCAGCUGCUUGCGGACGGAUUUCCUAUAUGGAUAUGUACAAUUUGUUACGCGUUAUCUCACCCCCCCUUGGCUUAGGGAAGAACUGCCCUAAUAGGGUAGCAUACAAGCGACUUGUCAAAAUGAACAUGCCCAUCGCUGAUGACAACACAGUCCACUUUACCUCCACACUGAUGGCUCUGAUUCGUACUGCACUGGAGAUCAAGCUGGCCUCAGGGAUGGUGAUGCAGCGAUUAAUGGAUGCUGAGUUAAAGAAAGACAUAUCGACUGUUUGGCCCAGCCUCUCUCAGAAGACCAUGGAUCUGUUGGUGACGCCACACAAAUCCAAUGAGCUGACGGUAGGAAAGGUUUAUGCAGCGCUGAUGAUCUUCGACUAUUAUAAGCAGAAUCGAGCCAGGAGGUUGCAGUUGCAACAGAUGACCAUCUCUGGCACCCAGUGCAAGGUUGAGGCUCUGUUUAAGCCAUUGCUGCCUCUGACUCACAUGCAGGACUCAGCCAGUGUUCUUCAAUCCCAGCAAAACCUAGAGUCACUCCAUCAAGUGGCCAGCUCAAACUCCAUCAACAACGGAGGCAUGCUUCCAGGUUAUGAUCCCAGAUAUAAGCCCAUAGCUUCCUCCGGGAUGGAGAGGCCCAUCAAGGGGGUCCAAGCUAAACCAAAGAGAAUCAUAUCCAAGGGCCCAUCAGUGGACACACCGGAGAAUGUCAAUCAGGUGUCAGUAGAGCUGAUACAGAUAAAGAACAGCGUCAGUAGCACAGUUUCUGUCCCUGGCUCAGGUCUGGAGAACCAGGGAAGAGCUGCUUCAAUGCCUCGACUCAACGUGGAACUCCAGCAGAGACACUCUCCAGGGAUGUAUCUAGAUUCUGUCCCUGAUGCUAGCCCUAUGAGGCGCUCGGCUUCUACUGUAGCUCCACAGCGGCCCCAGGAAGUUAACCUGAGGGACUACACCCUGGAAAAACCCCGUCAGGAGAGAACACACCACCACCACCGUCACUGCCACCGCCGCAGAGACCGGGACAAAGAGAAAAGACAGAGGUCUCUGGAUAGCCCCCUUGGUGCUCAACCUCCAAGCUCAAAUGGUGUACCCGAGGAGCCGGCAUCUGAACCUGCUGCUUCCCAAGAGCGAACCCAGAAACGUGGGCGCUCCCAUGAGAGGAAACACCAUCACUCCUCCACAGACAAGCAACGCUACUAUUCAUGUGACCGCUACUGCAGCCGGGAACACUGCUGUCCCAAAUCUGCAACUGCCACCGGCUCCUGCCGGGAGGAGCAGGAAACCAGCAAAAAGCAGGGCAGUGGUUCGGUUAAAGGCAGCCCAGAUGCAUCAAGGUCAAGUUCUAGCACACCAAGCCGUGGACGCCGGCAGCUUCCACAGGUCCCACACACUCCACGACCUGGGGUGGCAUACAAGACUGCAUACUCCUCACAAGUGCACUUUGUAUCUAGCCAGGCCUCUCAGAGCCCUGGUCGACUAAGCCGUGGCCUGUCGGAACACAACACUCUCCGUCAUAGCGAUUCCCACUACUUCCCCUGCCCUGUCCCUCGUAUCAGCUCAGAGCCCUUUCUGGGCCAUGGCCACAGUGAGGCCCUGGGCAGCCCUUACAGCAGCCUCCAGAACCAGCUGGAUGUCUUCCAGGAUGUGGCAUCACUGUCCCCUACCCCUAGUGCUGAACAGUCACCCCGGACCUCACUGCCUCGAAUGAUGGGAGCCCUACAUCCAACUCUUGGUGUAGACCCUCGUGUGCCUAAUGGGUACCACCUAAGUUUAGGGGGCAGCACCAGCGAAGGCACUGGCAGCAGGGCACUGAGGUACAGAAGGUAGUGGGGGAUGAAUGGUGCUACCACGGCUUUAAAGCAACCUUUCUAAUGCAUUUUUGAGGCAUUGUGAUGGGUUUUAUCAGCGUUUCUGAAGGCUUUAGUUUACAUGCUCACUUUGUGUUCACUCUGUAUUCUAAGUCAAAGGGUUAAGGUAAGGGUUCACAUGGCAUUCUAAAGCAAAAUAGAAGACAUUUCUCCAAUAGAAAAUGUCUUCCUCUGGCAGUUGUUGGUUUCUUUUUGACUUCAGUAAUUUGUUGACACCUCCAUAUAUAGAGCUUGAAACAAGAUUAAAAUUGGAGAGCCACUUUCUAAUUUCUAAUGACACCCCACAACCUGGACAGAAGAAAGAGAGUCUUAGAGUUUUAAAUAAGACUUAUGCAGACCAGCUGUAUUUUUUAAUUCAAUCUUUACUGUGUCUUAUUUACAUGUAGCCUUUAGUGAGGAAGCUGUUUUGUUUCUCAUUUGUUUCUCAUGAUGGCUCUUGUGCAAUAGUACAUAGAUUGCUUUGCAUUGCUGAGGAAGUGGGUUAGGGCGUGUGUAGCUAACGUUUUGAUCAAUGUUUUUUUUUUUUUUUUUAUUGAAGCUGCAUCCACCUGUCCUUCCAUAGCGCAGCAAUGAUUACAGAUUUUCUCUUUUCAACAAACUAACAUGUACAAAUAGUCAUCUAGUCCUCCAUCUAUGUGAUUUAGCAACAGACUCUAGUUUGGAUGGGUCCACUGGGUUCUGUUUGGUUAUGGAGCUGGCACUGUUCACCUGUAUUCAUGCAAAGUGAACUCUAGCAAUUCUGUGAAAGAUGUCUCUAGAAAGACAGUUUUAGAAUACUAACCACAAAACACCAGCGUGUUGGCCUUUUUUGUACUUUAGUAGCCAAAUUCAUUCCAUUGCUCUGCUUCUUCGCAAACCAUCAAUGAUAGAAGAAAUAGCACCUCAAAGCAUUUCUUUUCCUUUUCCCAAUAUGAUUUCAAAAUUUUGUGAAUCAGUGUGUAAGGAUAUUUAAUCAGCUAAUUAAGCAAACCAUUAUAAACAGACCCAUUUUUAUGACUAGAAAUAUGUUUGCUCAGCAUGCAUCUGUUUAGACUGUUUCUGUAGAAUAGAUCAACCAUGUGCAUUAGAAGCUCCUAACCAGCAAGCAGUGGAAACACUUCAGCUUUGGUGCAUUGGAGUUGCUGGGAAAUUAACAGAGGUCGUGGAUAAAAUGCAUAGAGAUUCAAAAAACUGACCUGCCAGCACAGAUUUUAGCCCAUUCUAAUUCCUGUUUAAAAACUGCAGCAUUGGAAAUUAUUUUAAUUUCUUGACUUCCUGCCAAGAGUGGUUAUUCAUUUUUUUGUAUUGGGAGCUGUGGACUUGUCACAGCAGUUGUAUGAUAGAGCAAUCACUUAAAAAAAAACAAUGUUGUUCUAGAGUUGACAUUUUAAUUGUCUUUGGCAUGUUUAGUUAGCAUUAUAAAAAGAGUGCUCCUAGUGUUUAUAUCCUAGAGAAAGUGAUCUUUAACUUAACUCUGAUCUUUCUGCCAACAUUUUCAAAUCCAAAAUGUUGAGCCUUCUUGUUACCUAAUGAAUAUCCUGCUCUCUCCCACUCUCUCAUUGCCUGAAUGAACCGCAAACAAAUCUUGAAUUGUUAUAGAAAAUACAGUUUCUGCUUAAAUAGCUUUUUCCACAUCUGUUGUUCCUUUGAUUUAAUUUUUAGAUGCUUGACUACACAUGACCUAGUUGCACUUAAAAUGACACGUUAAUUGAUUUGAAUUUGAGUUGCCAACUACAGGGUCAAUCAAACAGAAAAAUCUUUGAUUACGGUUACAAGUCAGUGUUUUUGUGAAUCUCAGCUCAUGGUCGAUUAUUGGAAUAUGGAACAGCUACAAAACUAAUGCUAUGUAACAAUAAAUUCCCUGUUUAAUGCAAUUCUUCCUCUCUGUAAACUGAUUUAAGUAGUCAGCAUUAAAUCAACAUAAUACAGCACAUUUAAACAAUUCCUCAGCAGUGAUGCCCUCCUAUAACCCUUUUUUCACACCAAAGUGCAGCCUUUAAUGAAAUAUUGUAGCUUAUUGGAACUUCCAGAACAUGUUUAAAGUAUUUGAAGAAUGUUAGCAUUGCAUACUGUUCUAAAGACACCAUCAUAAUAUUUAGCUGCAGAGCACUGUUACUUUUCUACCAAUGUAAGAGGCACAGUUCUUAAAGCAGUUUUUCACAGCCAACAGAACAACCAGUACACUGUUUCAAACAGUUAGCUACAGUAGAAGUGUGGUUGUUUCAACAGAACAGCAUGAUCUGAAAGUCAUGGGAAGAGGACAGAACAGCAGGUCGGAAGAUCAGUUGGAAAACCUCAGACUAUAACACUGUAAAACAAGCUGUGUCGCUCCUUAGUUUACAACACCACCAUUCCAUGAUGAUGUUUUAGGACAUUCCCUCAGUGUCAGUUGAACAGAUGAAUGCUGGCUCACAGUCAGCACUACCUUUUUUCUCAAAUACAUGUUUCUAACAGCCUUUACAAAACAAUGCAUGGUAAACUGACUUAAUUGUUUUCUAUAAGAGGUUUAUUCUGAAUGAUUUUCUUGUGUUGUAUGCAUUUGUUUGUAUAACAUGUAAAAACACUGAUGUGUUUUAAGUGAACUGCUUACAGUUUGCCAUUGUUUCAGGUCUAUUUCUUACAGAUUUUCUUUCCUUUGGAAUGUUUCAAGACAAAGUGCCUAUCCUUUUAGAUUUAUAUACCGUGGAGAAUAAUGCAACAUCAACUGUUUUCUAAUGCAUCCACAUCAGAGUAGACAGUUGAUUUAUUUUGUAUGUAGCUCUGCAGGAAAAUAUGUUGCAAAGAAAGCCUUAUCUGCAAGCAACAUUUAUACCUACGGUACGCUUGAAAAUCAUGAAUGGAAAAAUUACCUUCAAAGUUUUUUUUUUUUUUUUUUUCAAUUCACAUUAACAAUAUUGUGAACAUUUACUUCUUCAUAAAACUAUGGAUUCUGAUGUGAGUAAAAUAGUGUGCAUGUUUUGAGUGUAGAUCCAGUCAAAGACCUGUACUUUUGGUAAUGAUGUCAGUGUGCCCCCAACAACUUGCCCCCAACAACUCCCGUCUUGUUCACAAUGUAAAACCAUGUAGGGAUCAGCUGACGUCUGAUGGGACAGCAGAAUGCAUGUAAGGACUCAGCAUAGAGAAUGAACUUGGCUUGCUCUUUUAGUGUGUUCAAGUGUGUAAACUGCUAGGCACAGGUUGCAGUAUAUAUUUUUUGUGAUAUGUGGAACUUCACUCAUUUACAUUAAUGUCCUCUAGCAAAAAAUGAAUGUGGUAAUAUCAUGCCAAGGUACUUACAGUCACUGCUUUUUCAAUGUUGACUUGUUACAGUAGAAUACAACACAAUGGCCCUAUUAGCUGUGUUCAAAUUAUUAGUCUUUGUAUGAUGCAUGCUUAUGAGUAAUAUCAGCUACAGUUGAGUCUUAAUAACUGAUAUCAGUUUGAUGCAAAGAAAGAUGGAAAGACAAAAUGAGAUGAAGAAGAUGAAUCCACUGGAAAGUUUGUCUGGAACAGCUGAGCUUUUUCUGGAAAAUUUAGAUUACAAUAAGUAUCAGUGGAAGUGUUUCUCAGAUUGACUUUUUACAAUACUUACAAUUUUUUUACUAACAUAAAUAGGAAAACUUAUUUAUUGCUUAUUGGCUCUGUUUCCAAAAUCAUGUUUUUUAUGUUGGAUUGUAUAAAGGUGACCCACAAAAAGAAGAACUAAGUAAAAAAAAAAAAAAAGCUAAAUUGCUUUUAGCAACUUUAACGAAUAAAAAAAUGAUAUGUAAACAUAUUCACAUAUAUUCACAAUUACUCAAGCAGGACAAGGACAGCACAAGUUACAUGUCAGUAAUGUACAGUAUUUCUCUUAACUAACUAUGUCACAAUGCUAAUAAAAACACAGCUGGGUAAUGAAGCAUAGAUUCAGGCUCAGCAUCAGAAAGCAUGGAUCCAGAAUAGGCCUCAAUGAUCCAGAUGAUCAGCUAGCAUUAGGGGAUCAGGAAACACUGACAGACCAGCGACUUCCGAUAGCUUCACAAAUAUAAUGUAAAGUUGUGCUUUUCCUAUGGUUUCCAUUGUUUGUCUCUAAAAUGCAGUUUUCUCUUAGAAAAAUAACCAUUAUUUUUAGUGUUCUAUAUUUUACUUUUUACUUAUUUGGAAUGUUGAUGGGCUCCAAUUAUAUGGUGGCAAAAUUCGUUUUGGGGGAAAAGCCAAAAGCUGAAACGUUUUGGAUCAACAAGUUUAAAGAAUCCAGGUAGAUCCUUUUAAAAGUAAUCUUAAAACAUCCUUUUUGGAUUUCUGAUUAUUGUAUUUGUCAAUCAACAUUUGCACAGAUAGUUCUGUAUCUGUGGCAGUACUUUCUCUAAUCGAUUGGUAUGUGUUAUGGAAUUUGGACACAGCUAAUAUGUGCACAACAAUAAAACAGCCAGCAGUUUUGAUGGACCUAGUCAUAAAGAUAUGCUUUGCUAAUGUGGAAAUUCUGUUGUUAACUGCUGCAGCCCUCUGUAGAAGUAGCAGACCUUUGGGAUUAAUAAAGUAUUUUUGAAUUGAAUUGAAUAUGGCAAAGUUGUGAACCACAAUGUGAAAGAAUGUGCAGAAAACCGUCAACUGAUUUCAAAGAAAGCUCAGUGGGGGAUCUGUGCUUCUUUAAGUGUUCAUGUUAUCUCAAACAACCCCCACAGUUUAGUCAGUGUCUGCUUUCAAAUGAAUGAAGAAAGUUCUCCAGUCGUCAGCAUGUCCUGAUGUGUAUCCAACAUGGAGGUUUGGAGGCCUGCGAGCUGAACCUCAGAACUGUACUCUGCACUGACUUGGACAUAAUAAGAAGGCUGGUUUACACUCAAAGAAAAAAAUUUUAUGACCCUUGAUUGACAAAGGUUCUUGAAAAUAGUUGGCAUGUUUAUUUACUUUCCAUCAUGGCUGUGUGCAAGAUGGAAGAAAUCUGCAAUGGCAGACUAAAUGGACUGAGGAUUCUCUGAAAGACAAUUUCUUUGGUGAUCUGCAAGGAAAAGGAGGGUAAGGAAGGACAAGCAAAGUAGGGCUAUGCAACAAAACAAACUAAUUUCUCCAUCCAGUCCAUUCUGUAGCUUCUGAUUCAGGCUUCAGCAUGAUUGUGACCAAAUGUUUUAUGAAAAUGUAAUGGAAAACCAUGCAAACAAAAAGACUUGAAAUGCAUUGAGGAACAAAGUGUAAACAAGAAAUAUAUUAUUUGGGACUAUAGCAACUUUAUACUUUAAACAUGUAUGCAUGCAUGCACAAUAUUUACCCACAUUAACUAUGUCAAAUGGAAAUCCCUUAAGGGAGAUGUGUUCUGUUUGGAAAAUAUAACAUUGUUUUUUAAACGCAACAUGUUUUAUGUCUCAGCUAUUUUCAUAUUGUUCUGCUGAAACAGUAAUUUCCUGAACUUUGUGACCUUUGUAUUGCAUCAAAGUGAAUGUACCUUUGUCCAAGACGGGUCACGUGGCUUACAUCUAUUAGAUCCAAACUUUGGGGUGGUGCAUAUCUUUUGUGGUAUACAUUAGGUUUUUACAAAAAUAAAUCAAAUAAAAUACGGAUCAAAUGUG